AUGUGCGGCGACGGCGGCGAGGACUGGAUUUACCUGCUCUCACAACAGGAGGCGGUGGAGGAGGAUGCUGAGGCGGAGCAGGCCGUCGCCGCCACCGACACCACCGCUGCAGGAGAGGAGAACAAUAAGCCAUCCAAGAACCCGGACGACGCCGGUGAAACCGCCGCCGUCGCCGAGGAGGAGGAGAAGGAGAGCAACGACGAGGAGGAGGAGGCCAGCGCGCAGCCGUCGUCGGAGUUGGACAACAAAGCAGCAGCGCAGUCGUCGGCGUCGUCCAAAGACGGUGGCGCCAUCGCGCAGCAGUCAUCGUUGGACGACGAAGACCGCCGCGAAGAGGAAGAGGAGGAAGAGUACCCGGACUGGUACACCCCGGAAGAACUAGAAAUCGAGAAGGCGUUCCGGGCCUACAUGGCGGCUUGCCAGCGCGCCGACGCCAAGAUCGACGACGGCGAAUAUGAGAAGGAGAAGGCGCUCCGGACCUACCUCGCGGCUUGCCAGCGCGGCCGUGUCAUGGAGAACCCCUACUACGACCGCUACAACAGCAGCAAAGACGACGACACGUACGCUGCGCCAAGCCGGCGUACCCGUACUACGGCGUAUAACAUACUCAACUACGAGCAAAUUCAUACGGAUCACUAG